AUGGCUACCCACGCACGAUACAACCCGGCUCUCGGACCACCAGUUCAUCCUGGAACUUGCACCGAUGCCAUCUGGAAUGAGUACCAACAAGCAUUGGGAAUGUACGCACAAUACCAGGGAGCAAUUCCCAAGCAGCCAGUGGCACGGGAAAAGAAGAUGGGAAAAAUCAAGGAGUUUAGGGGAGACAAGCGAGAAUAUGCAUCGUUUCUCCGAAACGUGGAACAAUACCUAUUGGCAAAUGAAGGAGUCUACAGUGACGACUUCAGCAAAAUUGCCUUCGUCCUCUCCCAAAUCGACUCCUCAUUCACAGCAGGAAAGUGGGCCGAGUCAUGGGAAGCCAACCAAAUGGCAAAACACAGCAAUCUUGGGACGUACCAGGAUUUCAAGACGACGCUUACCGAAAAGUAUGGAGGUGUCGCAACCAAGGACCAAGCCUGGCAAGUACUUCUCGAAGGAAAAUACAAGCAGGACAAGCAAACCGUCGACGAGUAUAUCGGAAAUCUCGAUAUCCUCUACCGAUAUGCCGAAAUCGACGACGAAUACGCCAAGCUCAUCCACUUCAAGCGAGGCCUUAAUGAGAAACUUGCAGAAAAAGUCUUCAUCACGGAAAAUCUGCCAACGACCUAUGCAGCAGCAUGCAAGGCCACAAGAAAGGUCACGAACCUCCAGGAUAUUCAUAGCGGAAAGACAAAUAUCUUCAAGUUCAUCUCAGGCUCUUCAGGAAGCGGAAGAAGGAUGGAGAAGGACCUGACGCAAUGGACAUUGAUCGGAUCUCCCCAGAAACCCAUCAGAAACGUUCUUCCAGAAUAUGAUCCGGCACCAGAUCGCUCAGGAAAGACAACUUCAUAUGCCAAAACCAAGACGUCCAAUUCCAGGACGAAGAAAUACUCCGGAUCUGGCAGACGAAGAAAGACUUCCAAGCUGACUAAAUCUUACUCCAAGAGAACGGAGAGGAAACACCGACGAGUAAAGAGAGUCGAAGAAAGCGACUCUGAGGACAACUUGGAGGAGUCGGAACAGGAAGAAUCAGAAUCCUCAUCAUCAGAAGAAUCAGAAUCUGAGUCAUCAGAAUCUGAAGAAGUAUCCGAACAAGAAACGGUUGUUCACAGGGUACGAAGAACUCGUCCUGUUAAAACCAAAACAGUUCGCAAAAUCAGACGAACCAAGGACGAAUCCAGUGACUCAGAAGAAGAGUCAUAUGUGAUUCAAAGAUUCAUUCUCAAGGAAGAACUCGCCAGGAUACAAUGGGAAGAUGCACUCAAAAUGCGAGGAGACCGUAUUAAGAAACGCAAUAUGACGAUGCCCCAUCUCGACGAUCUUCUGGAAUUCGGAGACAAUUCAGAUAAAUAUGAAUAUGCACGCCGAUAUCCACCACCCAUGGAAAAAGAUGAUCCAGAGAGUUUUGAAAUUGGGUGCACGUUGGGAUCUUGUGGCAUCCAGAUAAAGAAACGGUCCCCGAGGAAGUAA